UUCAAAAUGGCGGCCUCCAGAAGAAAACAAAUGUGGCGAAAAUUAAAGAAACAUUUAACUGUUGGAAAUCUGUUUAAAUAUGUUUUCGACGCAAAUUAUAUUAAUCCUGUAAUGUUUCUACUCUUACUUGCCGAGGUUAUUGUAUGUGUGGCUGUUAUUAACAAAAUAAAAUAUACUGAGAUAGAUUGGGUUGCCUAUAUGCAAGAAGUGGAAGGAUUCAUCAAUGGCACACGUGAUUAUACACAGCUUAAAGGAGACACUGGACCGUUAGUGUAUCCUGCUGGGUUCGUAUACAUCUUCACUGGAUUCUAUCACCUGACUGAGCAUGGGGCCAACAUCCGCCUGGCGCAAUAUUGUUUUGCUGCCCUCUAUAUUUUGACUCUGUUAGUUGUUUUCGACAUCUACCGGAAAGUUAGAAAGGUACCCCCGUUUGUGUUUUUCUUCAUGUGCUGUGCAUCCUAUAGAAUACACUCCAUCUACAUCCUGCGAAUGUUCAAUGACCCAGUCGCCAUGUUCUUGCUGUAUGUGGCUGUCGACUUGUUUCUGAAUAAUCGAUGGUCGCUAGGCUGCCUCUUGUUCAGUCUGGCAGUAUCGGUGAAGAUGAAUAUUCUGCUAUUUGCCCCGGGCCUGUUAUAUUUGCUGCUUGUUACCCAGGGAACAAUUGGAACUGUGAAAAACCUCAUCAUAUGCGCAAUACCACAGAUUGUCUUGGCAAUUCCUUUUCUUCAAGAAAAUCCACAUGGGUACAUCAACAUGUCCUUUAAUCUAGGCAGGCAAUUUUUCUACAAGUGGACAGUCAACUGGAGGCUGGUUCCGGAGGACAUUUUUCUCAACAGACAUUUUCAGAUAUUUCUGCUUUUAGCCCACAUUUCAGUGUUAAUAGCAUUUGCGGCUGUUAAGUGGAAGAGGUAUUUGCCAGUAUUAAAUUUAAGUCUUUCAAAGCCAGAUGUUCCGCAGCUGAAACCAGAUCAGAUCUUAUUACCCCUAUUCACAUCCAACUUUAUCGGGAUGUGUUUUAGUCGGUCACUGCAUUAUCAGUUUUAUGUGUGGUAUUUUCACACGCUGCAUUACCUUCUCUGGACAACAAAUCUGCAACAAAUUGUCAGAAUCCUUGUACUAGGUGUGAUAGAGUUGUGCUGGAACACGUAUCCCUCCACUGUGACAAGUAGUUCCUUUCUCCAUGUAUGUCAUCUGGCUGUGCUUUUUGGACUUUGGUUUUCACCAGAAUAUACACCACUCAGGAGAGUUACAACGGCGCAGAAGAUCGACUAAAAUAUUACUUUUGAUAUGUGACAAUUAUGUAUUGUUUAACUUUGGGGGAGAGGGGGCGAAAGGGGGAUAUGGGAGCCGGGAGGUAUAGCAGUAUAGCACCCUGAGGAUAAAAUUACACCCCAUAAUCAGGGAGGUAAAAUUUUGUCAAAAAUAUCAGGCUUUGUGUAUACUCCGGGCAUAACAAACUCUGGGCAAAAGUUGUCUUGUUCAUUGCCUUCAAGACAGUCUCUAGGGGUCAAACAACCGUAACAUUCAUCAAACAUCAUCUGAUGUGGCUUUUUCCACCCAUUCCCAAUGUAUGUGUGUGAAUUGUACAUAAAUAGGCAACUUUUGAUGAUUAAUUUGUUACUAGAUUCUUGUGCAAUUGUGUAUAUACAUUUAUUAUAAAGGAGUUUAAGAAAAGAAAGAUUUGCUUUCGACUGUUUGAUGAUUUUAAUCUGUUAAUGAUUAUACCAGUUUUAUGCAGGGGGUACUGAUAUAUUUAGUGCAAUGUUGCAGACAGUUUUAGUAUGCUAGUGGUUACUGUGUAACAGUAUUAUGGGAUAUGAAAUGUUUGUUUUUAAAAUGCAGUUUUCUUGUGAACAAUUCAUAAUUGCUGGGGAAUCUUAACAAAUAUUUUUUUGAUAUCCUACCUUAUAUAUUGUGACAAGUUCUGUAAGGGAGCUGGUCAAUUACUAAAGUAUUAUUCAACUUAAUUAUGUAUUGGUUUGUGAAACAAACCAAAGUAUAUUCUUGAAUAAUGACUAAUGGUAUUCUAAAUUGUAAUUGCUAGUCAUACUCUAAAACUUAAAUUGAAACAUAUCAUGUUUCGACUAUCAAGACUAGCAUAAGCAAUUAUUAUGCCCCCCUUCGAAGAAGAGGGGUAUAUUGCUUUGCACAGGCAUGUCGGUAUGUCGGUCGGUCGGUCCGUUGGUCCGUCCGUCCGUCGGUAGACCAAAGCUUGUCCGAGUGAUAACUCAACAAUUCCUAGACGUAUGGUCAUCAAACUUCACAUGAAGGUUGGGCCUGACCAGUAGAUGACCCCUAUUGAUUUUGGGGGUCAUCGGGUCAAAGGUCGAGGUCACAGUGACCUUUAAUGGUAAAAUAAUUUUAAAGCUUGUCCGAGUGAUAACUCAACAAUGCCUGCACCCAUGGCCCUCAAACUUGACUUGGAGGUUGGGCCUGACCAGGAGAUGACCCCUAUUGUUUUUGGGGUUCAUUGGGCCAAAGGUCAAGAUCACAGUGACCUUGAAUGGUAAAAGGUUGUCCGAUUGAUAACUCAACAAUGCCUGCACCCAUGGCCCUCAAACUUGACUUGGAGAAUUGGCCUGACCAGGAGAUGACUCCUAUGGUUUUUGGGGGUCAUCUGGUUAAAGGUCAAGGUCACAGUGACCUGGAAUGGUAAAAGGUUGUCCGAGUGAUAACUCGACAAUGCCUGCACCCAUGGCCCUCAAACUUGACUUGGAGAUUGGGCCUGGCCAGAAGAUGGUCCCUAUUGAUUUAAGGGGUUAUUGGGCCAAAGGUCAAGGUCACAGUGACCUGGAAUGGUUAAAGGUUAUCCGAGUGAUAACUUGACAAUGGCUGCACCCAUGGUCUUCAAACUUGAUUUGGAGGUUGAGCCCGGCCAGAAGAUUGUCCCUAUUAAUUUUAGGGGUCAUUGGGCCAAAGGUCAAGGUCACAUUGACCUUGAAUGAUAAAAGGUUGUCCAAGUGAUAACUCAACAAUGCCUGCACCCAUGGCCCUCAAACUUGACAUGGAUGUUGGGCCUGACCAGUAGAUGGCCCCUAUUGAUUUUAGGGGUCAAAGGUCAAGGUCACAGUGACAACUCGACAAUUCUUGGCCCUAUGGUCAUCAAACUUGACAUGAAGGUUGGGCCUGCCCAGUAGAUGACCCCAAUUGACUUUGGAGGUCAUCAGGCCAAGGUCAAUGUCACAGUGACCUUUAACGCAAAAGAGUUAACAAAUCUUCCCCCACUGAUAUCUCAACAAUGCCUGAACCUAUGAUCAUUAAACUUGACAUGGAUGUUAAGCCUGACCAGUAGAUCACCCUUAUUGAUUUAGGAUUCAUAGAGCCAAAGGUCAAGGUCACAGUGAUCUUGAAUGGUAAACGGUUGUCCGAGUGAUAACUCAACAAUGACUGAACCCAUGGCCUUCAAACUUAACUUAGAGUUGCAUCUGACUUGUAGAUGACCCCUUAUGAUUUAAGUGGUCAUCGGGUCAAAGGUCAAGGUCACAGUGACCUUGAACGAAAAAAACUUGUCUUGUGAUAACUUGACAAUGCCUGCACCCAUGGCCCUCAAACUUGACAUUUAGGUUUCUGGUGACCAGCUGAUGACUCUGGAUUUUGAGUUCAUAGAGUCAAAGGUCAUGACGGUCAUAACACACUUUAUCCUCACACUUUAAUGGUCAUAAUCUUAAAACAGCAACAAAUCAGCUGUCAUUUCGGUCCAUGCAUAUUUCAUUCAAUUGUCCAUAUAAUCCUGACAACAUGGCGCUCAGGGGGGGGGCAUAAUGUUUGACAAACAUCUCUUGUUAUUAUUCACUUAGAUAAAAUCCUGAUCAGUCACUAAACACUCCUUCAAUAUGUAACUUCUAGUCAAACUUGAAAACUCUGAAUGAAAUCUUGGUUGUUUCUACCAUGGAGGCAGUCAAUCCGCUACCCGAUUUUCUGCACUAGACAAAUGACUAUAGUAUAUAACUGAAUUAUUUAUUGGUUUGAAAAACUGCAUGUCUAUUAAGCUACUGUUGUGAAUGUUUAUACCUGUAGUUUAUGGUUUGAAGUGCUAUAGUUUUGAAAUGAAAAUGAGCAAACAGCAGCUUAGUUCUACAAUUCUGCAUGUAUGUUAUUUUGUCAUGACCAUCGUUGCCAAUCAUUGCCAUUUAGAGGUAUCAAAUAAAAGAGAGA